CUAACUUCUUUGUAAACUUUUUAGUCUAUAACUGAUUCCCUCACAGCUGCGGACGGAUUUCAACGCUCCCGAUUAUUUUGUGUUUGUUUGUUCUAAAGUCGUCGCUUUUUUUAUUGAAUAGGAUUUGAUCUUGUUUUAACUAUGGCGCACACCGCAAGUACAAAACGGAAGAAUGCAGUCGACUCCCUGGAUAAUCUCAUUCAGUCGCUACAUGGGGUUUUCUCCGCUGAUGAGGUUAACAUAGAAGAGGUGAAGACUCUCAUGGAGUCUUACGAGAGCAACCCCAAAGACUGGAUGAAAUUUGCUAAAUUUGACAAGCACAGAUACACCAGGAACCUUGUGGACGAGGGGAAUGGGAAGUUUAAUAUUAUGCUCCUGUGCUGGGGAGAGGCACAUGGCAGCAGUAUUCACGAUCACACAAACUCCCACUGCUUCCUCAAGCUGCUGCAGGGCAGACUCAAGGAGACUCUGUACGACUGGCCCGAGGACAAGCGCAGCAAGCAGGAGCUGCAUAAGAGAUGCGAGAUCAACUUCGAGGAGAAUCAGUGCACCUACAUCAAUGACUCUAUUGGGCUUCAUCGGGUAGAGAACAGCAGUCACUGUGACCGUGCGGUGAGCCUGCACCUCUACAGCCCGCCCUUUGAUACCUGCCACACCUUCGACGAGAGGACGGGCCACAGGAACUCUGUCAAGAUGACCUUCUGGAGCAAGUAUGGAGAGAGGACCCCCUACGGAACAGCUUUAUCAAAAGAGAACAACUGACUUUGGAACCAAUCAAAUACUGGAUUUCGGACCGGAUUGAAAGAGCAAACGCCACCGGGUUCUGAGAAGAGACUAUUCUAGUUACUGUACAGCACUCUCUGUCCAUUGAAACCUUGAAGAUGCAAUCGCAUGCAAAAUUGCAGGACUCGAGAAGAAUAUGAAAACUAUUCUUCUUAAAAAAAAUUUUUAAAAAAAGUUUUUUUUUAUCAAUAUUGUUAUUAUUUCUUUAGAAAAAGAAGUAUUCAAAACAAAAUACAUGUUUUUAACUGGAACCUCUUGUCUCACUCAAGUAGAUUCCAAGGCUGCUUCGCUCAGUCACUCCCAGCGCUUUCCCAGUCGGGGAUCAACGUGGUGUUUGCAGCUUUUCCACACAGACCACUAAGCUAAACAAGUACGGGUUCUUAGACGGUGUUGUAUUUUGUUAAUAAUAAAAUCCAAACUGUGGAAUU